GGAAAAAGGCAGACCUCAACCCUAACUCUCCAGCUUAUAAAACCCUCCUUAGGCUCCACAGCCAUUCUCAUCCACUCUUCCUCCCAGAACACACACGCACCCCUUCACAGCCACAGAGAAAGAGACAACAUAUUUGAAAACGAGAGAGAGAGCAUAAAAAACAAGAAGAAGAAAAUGUAUCAUCUUCAUAAUUUGGAUGAGCUCUUGAUGUUCAUGCCGCAUGAGUACCCUUCGGGUUCCUCCAUCCAAACUCCACCUUUGCAUGGUGAGACAAAGCCACUGGUGAUAAGGAGGAGGAGGAGGAUGAGGAGGAGGAAAAGAGGGUCAUCGCCAUCAUCAUCAGAGGCUGAGAUGGUGGGUUCGAGGAAGAGGAAGCUGAGCGAGGAGCAAGCGAAGCUCCUCGAACUGAGCUUCGUGAGAGAGCAGAAGCUCGAGUCAGAGAGGAAAGAGAGGAUUGCCGCUGAGUUAGGGCUCGAACCCAGACAGGUCGCCGUCUGGUUCCAGAACCGUAGGGCUCGUUGGAAGAACAAGAAGCUCGAGGAGGAUUUCUUCAAACUCCAGACUCUCCAUGACGAUGUUGUCCUCCAGAAAUGUCACCUCCAGUCUCAGGUAGUAAAACUCAAAGAACAAUUGUCCGAGGCCAAAAAUAAAAUUCGACAGCUCGCGGAACGAAGCGGAGGAACAUCGACCAAUAAAAGCUCGAGUUCGUCUCCCUCAGGCAAUUUCGUACCAGAAAACGAUUACGAUAUUGAUAUGUUUUACAUGUCGGAGAAUAAUUAUAUACUCCAACAUAUGGAAUGGAUUCCUCUAUAUAUGUAAUUUACAUGUAAAGUAAACAUCUGCAUGUUUUUGUGAUCUAUUAUUUGAUCAAUGUGAUGCGUAUCAUACACCAA